AGCGACAUGGCGCCACCCAAGGAUGCACAGGAGGAGCAGAAGUCUGCUUCAAACCAGAGUUUGGGCGGCGCGCUGCUAGCAUAUGCGCUAGGGGCGGUCACCGUUGGCUCCGUGAUGCUAGCCAGAGCGCUGAGAAAGAAGCUGCGACGCAGGCGCAGGGUGGUGGGCGUGCUACCAGCGCGUUACCAGUCGUCCCGCUUUCCUGGCAAGCCGCUGGUUCCCAUUCUGGGCAAGCCCAUGAUCCUGCGGACCUAUGAGCAGGCCUGCAAGGCGCAGACGCUGGAUGCAGUGGUGGUUGCGACUGACGAUGAGCGCAUUGCAGAGGCGUGCCGUGCUGCGGGGGCACAAGCGGUGAUGACCCACCCAGACUGCCCCAACGGCACGGAGCGGUGUGAGGAGGCGGUGAGCAAGCUGAGCAAGCAGUAUGACAUAGUGCUGAACAUACAGGGGGACGAGCCGCUGAUUGAGCCGGAGGUGAUAGAUGCGGUGGUGCGGGCGCUGCAGGAAUCACCUGAUGCGGUCUACAGCACCGCGUGCACGCCGCUGGCGCACUCGGAGGUCGAGCUGCGGCAGCGCGUCAAGUGCAUCACAGACACCAGCGGCUACGCCAUCUACUUCAGCCGUGGCGUACUGCCCUCCAAUAAGGACGGCGAGGUCAGGAGCUACCCCGCCCCCUGGCACGACAAGCCCUACCUGCUUCACCUGGGCCUGCAGUGCUACGACCGGGCAUUCCUGCGGCAGUACUGCAAAAUGGCGGCCACGCCGCUGCAGAUGAUGGAGGAUCUGGAGCAGCUGAAGAUUCUGGAGAAUGGGUACCGCAUGAAGGUGGUGGUGGUUGACCACAGCGCACAUGGCGUGGACCUGCCAGAAGACGUGGCUUCCAUCGAGGCCAUCAUGGGCCAGCAACGCCUGCAGUAGCCACGCCGGCAGGUGGCACUUCAGCCCAGCAAAGCGCUGAGCCGAUGCGAGCGGGCCGGGGCAGUCUGGGCAGCACAGGUGCCCUGGGUGUGGCAAGUACUUGCGCGCCGCUGCCGAGCGUUGCUGCACUUGUGCUAUGCUGCCGGGCUUUGUUGACUGGUACUGUUUGCAGGGAGGCUGUUGCCCGACCUCUUUGCUAUUGAUUUAUAUGCGCUGGGAAGAUAAGGCGAUCAUCUGAGAC